UUUUCGAAGGAAAAUAAUUUUCCACAUUGUUCCCUCCAUUUCUGUGUAUAGUUUCAAAAUUGUUGAAAAAUGUUCGGGGAAAAGGCGUUUGAGUUAAUCAAAGAAUUGGACAGACACAACGACAACUUGCCACCGUUCAAUGAUGAAGUCGUGCGUCAAGUAUUAGAUGAGAUGAAUGCCACAUUCGAGCAAAAUCACAAAGAUGCAGUUGCAUUUUCUACAACAAACGAUCGCAGCAUGGUGCCGUUGAUAAACUACCGUCACGUCAGUUUGGAGCGCAAUAAACGAUGUAUCCUCGCAUACUUGUACAAUCGUCUGGAGCAUAUCAAAGAAAUGCGAUGGCAAUUCGGACCAACAAUACCAAAUGAUAUAAAACAGUUGCUGUGCGAGCCCGAAGUCCACUUCUUCAAUGCAUACUCAAAGAAUUUGGCCAAUUACAUGAUGUCGAUUGGUGAAGGAUGUGGAAACUUUGGAAUUGAUCUCACUUCAUACACAAAACCACCAAAAUCGUUAUACAUUGAAGUUCGUUGCCUGUCCGAUUACGGUCGUUUUGAGCUCGACAGUGGAGAAGUCGUACUGUUGAAAAAGAACAGUCAACAUUAUUUGCCACGAUCCGAAUGCGAACCGCUGAUUCGCCAAGGUAUUCUACAGCAUAUCGAAUAA